CAACGCAUUGAAGAAAAAGGCGAAAAGGGAAAAAACGGUCGGCUUCCUUCUUUGGUAUAAACACAAGAAAAAUGGAUUAGGGUUUUCGUCAGGUCAAAUCGAAGGAUUGCAGAAGUAGAGAAGGGAGAGCGAUCUUAAAAUUACGUGUUUCUCUCUCUUCAUCGACUUAAUUUGAAAGCUUGAUUUGAAGGCUAUCCAUCUAAUUUCUCUUCAAAUCGAGGACUUUUUGGUUUCUGUAAUCAAUGUUGCCGCCACGUCAGCAACCAAAGUCCGGGGUCCUCCACACAUCUCUAACUCUGGUUCCAGGUGAAGCAUGUGGAUCUCCCAACAUUCAAGAACGUGGCUCAAAUUCAGACCAAAUCCGUGAUUCACCAACCGAAAGUGCAAGUUCCCGUGAAACCUGGCCCACACCCGACCCAUUAACAAUAUCCAAACCACUAGAAGCCGAACAUUCAGUCAUCCGCCAUAUAACUGACAAAAUGUCCCUUAGAGACAUUUCAAGAGAAAGAGUCGAUAUAAUCGCAGAUAGAAUGCAUCAUCUUCCUAACGAGUAUUUAGACAAGCUAAAAAACGAACUCCGUGGUCUAAUCGAAGGAAUGGGUGGUCAUCAACAUAGAGAAGAAUACAUUUUUCUUCAAAAAAUGGUUCUGAGUCGUGGUGAUUUGACCGAAAAGACCCUGGUUUUAGCUAACCGAGGACAGUUAGAAAUCUUGGUUGCUAUAAAAACUGGAAUCCAAGCUUUCCUUCAUCCAACUGUUAGUCUAUCUCAAUCUUCUUUAAUCGAAAUCUUUUUAUACAAAAGAUGUAGAAACAUCGCGUGUGGAAACCAGAUCCCUGCUGAUAGCUGCACGUGUGAGAUUUGUGUAAAAAGAAACGGUUUCUGUAAUCUUUGCAUGUGUGUGAUCUGUAGCAAGUUUGAUUUUGAGGUGAAUACGUGUCGUUGGAUAGGGUGUGAUGUGUGUUCUCAUUGGACGCAUACGGAUUGUGCAAUACAUAAUGCACAAAUUGGGAAUGGUGGGAGUUUGGGGGAGAUGGUUUUCAGGUGUAGGGCGUGUAUGAGGACAUCUGAAUUGUUUGGAUGGGUGAAAGAUGUGUUUCAUCAUUGUGCUCCUUUGUGGGAUCGAGAGGCUUUGGUUAGAGAACUUGAAUAUGUGAGUAGGAUUUUUCGAGGGAGUGAAGAAGUUAGAGGGAGGAAAUUGUAUUGGAAGUGUGGAGAACUUGUGGAAAAGCUGAAAACUGGGGUAGCAGAACCUGUUGCUUCGAAGGCAAUACUCUCCUUUUUCCAAGAGUUUGAUAUAGACCCUCGAAAACACGAAGAAAGUGGUGGGGUAAUGGCCCCACAAGAAGCAUUCAACCGAAUAGCAGAUGUGGUCCAAGAAGCAAUUAAAAAAAUGGAAAUGGUGGAAGAAGAGAAAGUGCGUAUGACAAAAAAAGCGCGUUUAGCACUGGAGGCAUGCGAUCAAGAACUGAAAGACAAAGCGCGUGAAGUAGCCGCCUUAAAAAUGGAAAGACAAAAAAAGAAGCAACAAGUGGAGGAGCUCGAAAGCAUCGUCAGACUCAAGCAGGCCGAGGCCGAGAUGUUUGACCUCAAAGCCGCCGAGGCCCGCCGCGAAGCCGACCGCCUGCAACGGAUCGCGCUUGCAAAAGUUGAAAAAUCAGAGGACGAUUACGCCAGCAGGUAUUUGAAACAGAGGUUACAUGAGGCUGAAGCUGAAAAACAGUAUUUAUUUGAGAAGAUGAAGUUGGCGGAAACUUCAUCCAGAGGCGGCGGCAGUAGCGGCAGCGGUGGUUGUGGUGGUGGCAGCGGCGGUGGUGGUGGUGGGGAGCCGUCUCAGAUGAUGAUGUAUAAUAAGAUUCAGGAUUUGCUCAAGAACAUGUACACCGUGCCGACAAAAGGAGACGGGCAAGCGAGUGAUAUACGCUCACGUGGGUCCGUUUGAUUUGGUUAUUUUAUUUUAUUUUAUUUUUUUCGGGGAUGAUUUGGAUUUUUUUUAUUUUUUUUUGUUAUGUUAUGUUGUUUAUAAUUGUAGUUCAAAGUUGUAGUAACUUAACUUUAUACCGGAUAAGGUAGAGUAUGAUGACGUUGUACUGUGUUUGACAUGCAUUGGAGUCUGAUUGAGAUUGAUAUCCAUUGUAGUGGGAUAAAACUUGUGAUCUUUAAACAUAACCAUAAAAUGUUUGUGUAUGUUACUACUAAUAGAAAGGUGAUGAGUCUCUAGUAGUUUUUGUAAA